AUGAAAUCCCUUUUGAAAUUCAGGUGUGUUUCGAAAUCUUGGUUUUUUUUGCUCUCAAGUCCUUUAUUCAGCAAAACCCAUGUCGAUUUUUGCUUAAAGAACCCCAAUUUGACUGGUUAUAGACUUGCUGUGGUAGCUUCUGUUUAUGGUUCAGGUAGAAAAUGCAAUUUUUACAACUUGGGGUUUGAAAAUUCAUGUCUUAGUUUGGCUAGAAAUAGUUGUCCUGUUAAAUCUUUAGCUAUUUCAGCUAGGAUUUUGGGUUCUUGUAAUGGGUUGAUUUGUUUGACUAGUGACUCGUUUACAUUAAUGUUAUUGAACCCAUGUACUGGAAAGGUUAAUGUGUUUCCUGAUUCAAUGCUUCGGAGUAAUGGCGGCGGUGGUGGUGGUGUUGGUUGUUUUAUUAGAUAUGGGUUUGGUUAUGAUGCAUCUUUUGAAGAUUAUAAGGUUGUGAAGAUCUUUAGUUUUCCUCAUAUUGAGGGAAGAUUUGAGAAUAUGGUUAGUGUUUAUAGCUUAAAGGCUAAAUCUUGGAAAAUGAUUGAGGGAUUCAAUAGUAGUAGUUUAAAUGGAAAGGUUGGUGUGUUUGUAAAUGGGGCACUUCAUUGGGAAGCAUGCCAUAGUCAUUGUUCAGGUUUGUUUUGGGAGAUUGUUAUCUUGGACCUGGCUGUAGAGAGAUAUGGGAAAAUAGCACUGCCUAGUUAUGAAGAUGGAGGUGUUUAUUGGACAUUAAGUGUUUCGAGGGGGUAUUUAGUCGGUUGUUGCAACUACGAAAAGAAUAAGGCGGAUGUGUGGGUGAUGAAGGAGUAUGGUGUUGAGGAAUCCUGGACUAAAUUGGUUACCAUCUUGUUACCUGUUCAUCGUAGGGCUUAUAUCUUACCAUUGUUCGUGGCUGAGAAUUGUGAUGAAUUUUUGCUGCAGCUUGGGGAAGAGCUAGCACUGUAUAAUUCUAGGGAUGGUUCAUAUAAGCGACUUGACGGUUACUCAUCCGGUGAUUAUUUUCGUCAAGCUCAAGCUACGACCUACUUUGAGAGCCUUGCUUCACCUCAUAUGUAG